AUGGCUUCCGGACACACUUCAGCGUUCUCCGCGUCCACCCAGCACCGUGCCCUGGGUGAUGGUCGCUCGUCAUUCAGCCACGACGGCGGUUCGGCUGACGGAAGUUAUAUCGAUGGAGCUCCCCGAUCAGUGCGCAAUGGACGUUCAGGGUCCGGAGGCAGCAUCUCAACAGCUCCUCGUGGAGCGUCACUGGCCCCCUCCUUUGGCGGGCCAGGUAGUUUCAGUGCGGAGCUCAAGAGCAUGAAUUCCCGCACCUCGACCCCCCGCCCCGAUGGCACGUAUGCGAGACGAGCGAGCAAAUCGAUCGGCGAAGACGAUUUACCCACAACCGAGGAGCGACAGGCUAUUAUUCGAGACAAGAUCGCGAAGGAAAUGAAAAUUAAGACCGGGACCGAGAACAUGCUGGAGGCGCUAUACGCAAAACCUCCUAAACAGACCAAGGAACAGCGCCUACGGGUGGAGUCGGAAUUGAGCUCAUCCAACCGCAAACUGGCCGAGUUACAACACGAACUGGAAGAAGAGCUGUUACGUGCGCAGGCGCCGUCAACCACUCCCCCACGCAGCCGUCUUUCGAGCCUUUUCAGAGGGAGUCCAAUGCGUUCACCGUCCCGCAAUCACAACCUCAAUACUGCUGGCCCCUUCGAUGAGGAGCGAGAUGAGGAUGAUGAAGGAGAAAUAGAGUCCCCGACGUUCGUCCUUACAGAAACCCUCCAGGCCCUUGAAAUUGAAGGAAUGUCGCCUGAUUUCUACGUCGAACGCGCAAACAGCUUGGUUGAGCUGUUCAAACGAUACCCCACACUGAAGUAUGAUCUCGCGUGGUCUGUAUUUGGACUACGGGUUCAAGUCAUGCUUCUUGGCGACAGUAAAGAAGUGGUGGCUGCUGGCUAUCGGUUAACUCGUUACGCCAUUGCGGAUCGAAAAUCACUCCAGACUAUUCGAGCAUUGCACACCGAUGAACUUGUGAUACUAUCACUCGUCAAGGAGAGCAAAGCCAGCAUCGAAAGGGAACAAGCUUUGAAGUUCGUGAGAGCCUUCCUCGAUGUGAAAGACGGAGUCAAGGAGAUAUCUCGUGCCAUCGUGCGAACAAUUGUCUCCAUUGCAGAGCAUCAUGAUGACCGCUUACGGAACAUAUCAAUCAUGACCUUGGCGGAGAUGUUGGUCAAAGACCCCGAGCUUGUGGCUUCCGCGGGCGGAUUCGCAGCUCUGCAUGAUGCUCUGUCCGAAGGUACAUUCGGUGCCUCGGAGAGUUUGAUUUCCAGUUUUUUGCAUGUUCUCGAUACUCCACACAGCCGAAAGUACUUACAAGGCUGCGAGCUAGAAGCCGUCCUGGCACCUUUCACCGACUCUUUAGCUGAUUCUUUGCGCAAUGGCCGCCUAAAAUCUGCCGCCCGAGCAAUCUCCGCGAUGCUCAAAACCUGGCCCGGUCUAGUGAUCCUUGCAAGACACCAGGCAAAACCAUUGCGUUCUCUCCUUGAGUCACUCCAGUAUCCCGACUCCCAAGCUCGUGACCUCAUCAUGGAGUUACUAUUCGAUGCUCUACGAAUAAAGCCUCCAUCCUGGUCAUCUUCUUUUCUUGCGGGUAGAAGACUCACGACCUAUGGUCGAGUAUCGAACCUACGCUCCGAUACCGACUCUAAACACCCACGCAGCUUUGGGGAUAGCACUUCCAACAAGUUUGACCUGACGGCACACUUCUCCACCCUUAUCCUGGCAGCCUUGGUUGCUGCAGGCUUACCAAAGGCACUCUCGGAUCUCAUUGAGGAUGAAACAGAUCCUUCACUCAGACGCAAAGCCACGCUCCUCUUGACGGAAGUUCUUAAGCUGGCACAUCACUCAUUACCAGCCACUGUCAGUGCAAAUUUGCAAGUUCUUCCACAUCUACUCCCAGCUGCGAUAAAAUUUGAGACCGAGAACCAUGAUGUUUCGACUUCAACAAUCUUCCAAAUCGAAAGCAUCAACCGAACAUUGGCACGCUCCGGAGCUGUUCCCAAUGGAGUCGGACGAUACAAUGUGGACACGGACAUAUCGACUUCUCUACUACCGAGUGAGCAGGGCAAAGAUAAACUGACCUACUCCAUGGAUGAGACUCAGUUCCGUAAUGCCAUUUUGGAGACUCACGUCUUAAAUACCGUCAAUUAUAUCAAGUGGAAAUGGGAUCUCAUCCAUCGUCUUGUGGAGGGUCCCCUUACCAAUCCCAAGCGAAUGGAUGAGGCCAUUAAGGGUUCCAAGUUCAUGAAGCGGCUUGUUGGGUUUUAUCGGCCUUUUAAAUAUCGCUUUUCCAUGGUCCCGAACACCAAGCCAAACCAGCGCUAUGUCCGGACUGGCUGUGCCUUGAUGCGCACUCUUGUUCAAACCCCAGAGGGGACCAAGUACCUCGCCGAGAACAAGUUUCUGCGGCAAGUCGCCGAAUGUCUGGCACAAUUGGAUCGCAUGAGUGGGUUGACCUCUGCCAAUCCAUUGUUCUCACGAGAGCAAAUGGGCAGUACCUUAAGUGGAGGAUACUUCGCAAUGCUAGGGACAUUGAGCGCUGAUGCGAACGGACUACUCAUGAUGGAAAGGUGGCAUAUGUUGAACAUGUUCUAUCACAUCAUCGAAUUGCAAGAUCGCAAUGACCUGAUCCAAACCCUAUUGGGCAACAUGGAUUAUAGUCGAGAGAGUCAUCUCAGAGUUAUGCUUUCCAAAGCGCUCACCAUCGGUUCAAAGGAGAUUCGUAUAUUUGCAACCAGACUUCUCCGAAAAUAUGCGGUCGGCGAUGUUGCAGUGUCCCCCCACGUGGCUAUUGGCAAUGCGGAAUGGGUGGUGAAGCUUCUUGUGACUCAAUUAUACGACCCUGAUGUCACAGUCUGCCAGGUAGCCGUGAAGAUCCUUGAAGAGGCGUGCAACCAACGAGACUAUCUUGAGUUCGUGGUCAAAUGUCGACCCUCUCUUGACCAUCUGGGUGAGAUUGGCGCACCGCUCCUUCUGCGCUUUUUGUCAACGUCUGUUGGCUACCAUUAUCUGGAUGGCCUAGAUUAUAUCACACAGGAGAUGGACGACUGGUUCCUCGGCCGAAACGACUCUUACGUUGGCCUUGUGGAGGCAGCUUUAUCUCGGGCCUAUGUUGAUCAACCGCGCCGCAAUAGUUUUGUACCGGAGGAUUUGGUCGACAUGCAGGAUAUCGGAGUCGUCCCGCCUCAUUUCUACCGAGAACUCGCUCGAACGGCCGAAGGCUGUAGGCUACUAGAGCAGUCUGGUCACUUCAAUGAAUUUGCGUGGACAAUUCGCGAUUUCCGCCUGGACGAGGAAGAUCAUGAGGCGCUUCUUAAGGUGAAGGGAUGUCUCUGGGCCGUAGGCAAUGUUGGUUCAAUGGAGCUUGGUGCACCUUUCCUUGAAAAGGAAAUCGUACAAUGCAUUGUUGCCAUUGCUGAAAGCGCUGGGGUUCUGACCAUGCGAGGCACCGCCUUUUUCGUCCUCGGCUUGAUAUCUCGCAGUCGGCAUGGGCUCAAGGUACUUCGCGGUAUGGGAUGGGAUUCGGCUAUUGACCAAGAAGGUGAUUCGCUAGGUCUUUGUCUUCCCACAGACUUCCGCAAGCUGUUUUUGAUUUCCUUCCCUGGUUACAACUCUGAGGCGAAACGUACUCCGCAAGAUAGACUCAAGGAAGCUACCACCGAUUCAGACCCCACCAACCAAAAGAUCUUGAAGCUCGUUGUCGACAUGGGAAAUACCGUUUUAUCCAAACGAUCCGCGUCGGACUUACACGGUAUGAAAUCCAAGCAGCCUGAAAGAUUCCACCAAGUCCACCUUUUCCGAAAAACACUCUGCAUCCUCGAAAGCCAUCACUUCCGACUACCAGCGCGGCGGUUUGCCCUCGAUCUUUUCGAUAAGAGCGUCAUGAGGCGCAUAGUCCUCGAAGAAGAUUCCGAGUCGGAUUCGGACUCUUCCACAUAG